UUGUGGAUGCCCUAAGAAUCCAGGUUGUUGCGAAUCCAGGUUGUUGCUAACGCAGCCGCGUCGAGUGGCCAAACGGAAGAUGAAGCUGGUGAAGAAUCCGUGUUUGCGUUUGAUGGCUCUCCGCCUCCGCCACGCCGCCUCCUCUUCUACCGCCGUCUAUUGCGAUGGUGGCGUAGGCACACGGAGCGACGUGAAGCACCUCUUAACUGAGAAACCCUCUCACAAUGCCUCACUUCGGCACCCUAACUACCAGCUCCGCUCCCUGCUCGGCUCCGCUUCUCCCGGCCGCCUCUCCGCCGCCUUGUCGAUCCUCCGCGGCAUGCUUUCCCCCGACUCCGCUUCCCCGCCUAACGCCGCCACUCGGUCGAUCGUUUUCACCAGCCUGACCACGCGAAGCCAGCCCCUGGACGAGGAGUCCCUCGCCCUCCUCGUCGAGAUAGCCAAGAUGGGAUUUUUUCCGCACGACGCCAUCCUGUUCACUCAGUUCAUCGACAAGCUGUGCCGCGGCGGCGCCACCUCCGGGGCCUGGGAUUUCUUCCACGCGGUAAAGGAUGCUGGCGGCUCGAUCGAGGCCCCUGUGUGCAACGCCCUCUUGACUGGCGUCGCUACAAUUCGAGACUUCGGAAGGAUGAAUCUUCUGUUUUCAGAGAUGAAAAGCUUGGGCGUGCGCCCCAGCAUAGUCACCUUUGGUAUACUCAUCAAUCGCCUCUGCAAAUCCCGUUUCCUCGACGAUGCACUGAACGUGCUUGACGCAAUGUCAAGCCCAGAUUCGGGAGUGUCCCCUGACACAGUCAUUUUUAACACUCUCAUCGAUGGGCUCUGCAAGGCAGGAAGGCUUCAGGAUGGUCUCUCCUUGCUUGAUAGGAUGAAAUCAAGCCAUGCUUGUGAUCCUGACUGUGUGACUUACAGCAGCUUGAUCAAUGCCUUCUGCAAGGCUGCAGAGUUGGACAUGGCUCAUGAAUUGCUUACCAGGAUGGAGAAGGAAAGGGUGGCUGUUAAUGUGGUUACGCUGAAUACAUUUGUAACUGGAAUGUGCAGGCAUGGGAUGAUCGGAAAUGCCCUUGAUUUCUUUCAAAAGAAAAAGGUCGAGUGGCCAGAAGUUAAAGGCAAUGCUGUCACCUAUAUCACCCUUAUUAGUGCUUUCCUUCAUUCCAACAAUGUAGGAAAGGCGACGACAUUGUUUGAUGAGAUGAUCAAGGAAGGAGUUUCCCCAGAUUCUACGACAUACUUCACUCUCAUCUCUGGGUUGACUAAAGUUGGUAAACUGGAUGAUGCUUAUUCGAAUGUGUUGUUCAUGAGAAAGAAUGGUUUUAGAGUAGACAUAAAGAGCUAUAACACUUUGAUCAGUGGGUUUUGCAAGAAGAAGAGGUUGGAUAAGGCAUUCGAGAUACACAACGAAAUGUGCGAGGCAGGUCUUACUCCUGAUAUCUGGACAUACAAUACUUUGAUCAGUGGGUUUUGCAAGAAGAAGAGAUUGGAUAAGGCAUUCGAGAUACACGACGAAAUGUGCAAGACAGGGCUCAGGCCUGAUAUCUUCACAUACAAUAGUUUGAUUGAUGGUUUCUGCAAGGCUGGUGAUUUUUCGAAGGCUAAUAAAUUCCUCAAUAAAAUGGUCGACGAUGGAUGCAAACCUGAUGUUGUCACUUACAGAACUCUGGUCAAUGGUUUCUGCAAAGCUGGUGAUCCUGACCAGGCCAUGAAGAUCUUCAGGAGCAUGGAUGUGUCAGUGGUGCCGGCUAACACUGUUAUUUAUAACAUCCUCAUUGAUUCUUAUUGUAAGAAUCAAAAAGUUGAUGCCGCAAUAGACCUUUUCGACGAGAUGCAGAAACAAGAUAUAUUGCCCGACGCCAUGACCUACACCUCCAUUUUCAAGGGUCUUAAGGACCAUAACAUGUCUGAUAAAGCCUUAGAGUUUAUGGACAAGAUGAGUUCACAGGGAUGCAAACCAAACUAUGUGACAAUGGAUGUUCUCAUGGACUGGUUAACUACGAUUGGUGAGAUCGAGAGACUGAGACUAUUUGUGCAACGGACAACAUCUUCUGAUAUGAACUCUGGCAAUCCUGAUGUUUAAUCUUAUAGAUGCUUCUUAUUUAAUGUUGAGUUGUACCAUACAUGAACAAAUGAAACGAGAGAUUUUUUAGUCGCAGAAUUUAUUAUUCGGUAUGCAAAAGUUAUGCAUAAGCUUCUAC